AGCGCGAACUACGUCAGGCUUUUGAACUACGCUAGUGAAGAUCUAGUCGAACAUCAAGAGUGCAGUUGCUAGUAAGAAGCUGUGCUUAUUUGCACAGGAUCAGCUUUUACCUUGUGCAUCACCGUAGUACUAGUUACUGGCAGCUAUGGCCACUGAAUUGUGUGACUGUAGCGCUAAUGUCAAAGGUGUUAGCGGGGAAGAAAUAGAAAAGCAAGUACCAGAAGGAGCAAGUGCAGCCUUGCCAAAUAGACACGCAUUAGUAUCACCUCCAUCUGCGCAACUAGAAGUACAAAAUUUGGAGCUCGAUUAUAACGGCUUUUGUGGGUCACAACGCGUAGUUGAGAUAACAGUGCUGCAACACAGAAAAUCCCACACGACCGCUACCGCUACCGCUACCGCAACCAAUAACCAAAAUCUGACCAGUGAAAAGUUCCCACUGUGUCAUGGAGAGUUGAAUGUCAAGUAUCAAGAUGUGGUCCCAUUUCAAAGUACGAUUCCAAACAAGAAAGUUGUCGCUUUUACUACUCCACCACCAGAUACGGAGGAGAGUUCGGAGCGGGUCGGGGACGCGAUGGAAAGCAGUUACAGCAACGACCAACAGGGUGUGGUGCGCGCGGCGGUGAAUGGAUCCGGGGCUGGGACGCACAACGGUGGAGGCACGGUGCAAAAUCAAGCGGGAACAACCGCGACCGCUGCUGGCGGUGCCGGGGCCCAGCAAGCCGGGCCCAGCGGAGCUAAAGAACCGGUCGUCCGAGAUUCGGACGAGGCGCUAAAGAAAACGAGCAACCUGACCACGUGCAUGAAGAGCAUCAAGGACGACCGCAAACGACGUAGAGUGGAGCCCCCCAGCAACAAGCCAAGCCCCAAUUCCAACCAUCAUCAGCACGGUGGUGGAGUGGCGGCGAACACCAGCGGCGUCCUCGACGGAGUGCCAGGUACGAACCAGAAAGACGCUGGUCCGGAGUUGGCUAAUAUUUUUGUUUUUGGCAGAGUUAAUAGAGUUGUGGAAUGUGUGUGACCAACAGCAACAAGAGUGCCGAAUUCGCGGAGCCACCGCGGCCUUCUCUGCGCAUGCUCUCGGGGCCUACUUCUUGUUCAUGCGUUAUUCGGUCCCGUUGCAUUUGCGAAGAAGUUGUGCGCCGUAUGCUAAGCCAUUACGCCGCAUGCUAACCCAUUCCCGGCACCUAGUCAGUGGCGCGAAUUUGGUACAAGUGGGGGCAGUUGCGCGAGCCUGCGCACUGGGAUAGUAUUCGCUUGCGCGGCAUGCUGAUGCUCGUAACGCGCUGCAGUCCUUCCAAGAAGGAACGCAGAAAAGGCCUGCGCCGCUUAUCUGGCUCGCUCUGAUUUCGUACGGACGCCGGCGCCCGUAUGUGCAAACGCCGGCGCGCAGCGACGAAAUCAGGUAGAGCGGCCAGCCACAUCUUGCGAGAGCUGCGCGGAAAUUCUGUACGCUUAUUAAGACAGGCCACAGCAAUUGAAACCAGCCCAGCGGUCGUUUUCCUAAGUUGCGAAAAACGGUGGCGGGUUUUAUUUUGUCCUGUUUGUUGGGUCCGCGUCCGGCGUGCAAAGAAAGCACCGCGGACGCAGAUGGUCGGGCCUCACCGGGGCUCUCCUAUGUCCUGGCCUGCAGAUUUGGGUUGGGAUCACGCUAAGAACAAGUCGCUCAACAGGAUAUGGAUGCGCGACGUCUUUCCGGUGGUUCCUUCCAAGAACGGCUUCAAAAAUGUUUCCCAACUUCAUGGCAGCGCAAAAAAAUCUAAGCGGGCCGCCGCGAAGGAAAUUGCAACGUUACAUGUUGCUGACGAAAGUCAAUCAUCAGUUUUGAUUUUGUUUCCAUACAGGUGCUAACCAGAAGGAGGGCGGUGGUCCCGAGUCGAGCAAUGUCACCUCCAAGAACGAUCACAAAGAAAGGAGUUCUUCCGCGAAUAUGGACGACGAGGACAUGCCGCAGGCCGGUGGCGGCGCCGGGGCUGUGUCUUUGAUGGACAAGAGUGGGCACAACUACAACGUUAUUGUGUGUGAAAGCGUCCCCAUUUGUUUUUUGCGUAAACAAGACAAAACUACACCGUGCGGGCGAAUCCACCAUAUCCUAUUAAUUUGUUUAUUUUGAUGAUGGUGUGAGGUCGUGUCUGCAAUUGCAAAGUAGUGAAUCUUCUGCGUAUAAUAUUACCGUUCCUUUUCAUUCCCUUCCUUUGGACUUGCGACACAGUCAUGUUCAUGUGUCACUACAUACCUCGGACUCGACAGCUGAGGAAGAGAAAAUCCGAAAUUUUUUUUGACGGCUUUUUUUCUUGAAAGACAAUGCCACCUUCGCUCCUGCGUAUCUGCAAUGGGAGCAGGGUACGCUUUUCCACCCGAUAAAAGUGUCUUCCAGUUCGCCCGAGCAGAAUAAAACCCAACAUGAGGUGGGACUGAUUGCGCAUUGUGCCAGCAGAGCGCGUGUAUUAUUGUUCAGGGGACCCUUGCGGGGUUGGUUUCCGGUGGAGGAUAGUCCAACGCAUCGGCAGGUGGUUGCGCGGGGCGGUUGCUCGUUUCCUCAGGUCUAGUGGCUGACAGAUCCGCUGACUGGGUUAGGCUUCUCGCUUUCUAGCUUUCGGAGGAGGUUCCGCGCCAGGUGCGCCUCAUGUCUGGGUACUAGCGGUAGCGGAUUUUCCCGUGCGGGAGGUGGUUUGCCAGCUCGGCUCGCCUGGGUUGAUAUCGGAAGACGGCACUACUUCUAUGGGAGGAGACGCACGUCUCCGCGGCCUGCAGGAUUUCAUCUCCUCCCUGUCGGCGGACAGGUCGGGGUCUUGGCCGUAGAGUCGGUGGCCCGGGGUGUGCACUCUAACAGCUACGGUUGGCUCGUUGGGGCGCAUUGCAAGUUUAGUUUACCGUGCUCACGAGCGGUGAGAGGCUAUUCGCUUUGCUUUUCCAUCUACGUUCCGCAGACUGGCGCAGGCAGAGGGUGCGCAGGCAGAGGACGCGCGCUAAUAGAGUGGCUUCCUUCCGUGAGAGGGCUUUCCUUUUUCGGGUACUCACAUACACUGGCCUUCAGUCCGCCUCUGAAAUGGCGGAUUUUGGUGGCCUCUUUUGCGAGGCCCGAAUGUGGGCCAAAAUGAGGCCCAUACUAUGCGGAUUCCCUGUUUUUUUCGGAAUGCUGCUUUUUGGGCGCCCCCUUUUGGGCGCCCCAAAUCGCCAGAAACCAAGGCGGUGGGCGCCUCAGAAGGGCGCCCCUUUUGGCGGCUCCCUUGCGUCGUUUUAUCAAGCGGUAAUCGAUAGAAUCCGCUCGCGCUUGUUUGACAGCAAGGCCCCGGCCGCUUGAUAAGUGGAAAUCUUUUAUGUCCAAAAACACUUCCGGCCGCUUGGAAACUGCCGGUCGUUUUGCAGGUGAGGCGUCAAAAAGAUCGCUAGAUUAGAACGCGCGUGACGCUUUUCCACCCGAUAAAAGUGUCUUCCAGUUCGCCCGAGCAGAGUAAAACCCAUAUCGCAAGAAAAAACUGUUUCACUGUAAACUUGUAAUGCAGAGACUGCAUCUCAGAAGUGUUUGUCUUGCUACACAUGCAAGACAGGCGAUUUUUAGCUGUGUUUUCCCUUAGGAGCCUCGCAUGGCGCGUUUUCCUUGUCAUGUGUAACGAACUUGUCAUGCCAAACUUGCAAAAUCCUUACAGUGAAACACUUUUUUCGUACGAUAACCCAACAUGAGGUGGGACUGAUUGCGCAGUUGAUCCAGACCAGUCUGGAGGCCCAACAAGCGGACCAGCCACUGAACCAGCCACCGAUCGGAGCGACGAACAGCAGCUCUACUUUGACAGCGGGCAACAGCUACAACAACAACACUGCGACGAACAAGGCUGCAGCGGCGUCUUCCAGCACGACCGCGGUGUUGCAUCUGGCGGGGCUGCCGGAAAGCGCGGCAACAGCCCUGCAGCCGGCCUUCCUGUUGUCGCAAAUUGUCGCCUUGGCGACCGACAAGGAAAAGCAGGGCGGCACGAAUGACCACCAGCACAAGCGGUCGUCUACCAAGAUCAACCUCGACUUACAGGACUUGAUCCCCGAGUCCGUGGCUGCGCAGGCCAUCCAAAAUUUGGACCAGCGCCAGGUGGACACCCUGAUCCAGCAGCUGCAGGGAAACGAAAAACUGACCGUUCUGUCGCACUUUUACAACGCGCUGGCCGUCCGCGCCGAGCAGCUCGGGGAACGGGACGCCUGGAAGCAAGACGCCCUGGACAAGCUGCGGGGCUGUUUGCGGGAGCAAUUCAUCAAGACCUACAAGCGGGAACGUGCGGAUCGCCAGGCCCGCGUGUUGGACGACACUGUGCGGCUCGGCGAACGCCCCAUCUACUCCGCCUUUCUCCAGCAGAAUCGCCGCGAAUGGAUGCACGGAAAGGAAUUCGAGGAAAUCAACGAGAAAAAAGCGGAAAUCGAGAAUGAAAGAGUAUAAAAAUUCACUUUUCAACAUUCAUGGAACAGCGCAUGGACAAUGCGUCUUCUUGAUUGAUGUUGAUCCUGUCGUAACGUACUCAAACAAAGUCAAAGAUAUGUAUAGCGGUACCAACUCAAUCAUGACUACCUCACCAGCGCACGAUCGAAGAGCAGCGGAAACGGUUGAACGCAGACCAGCGCCAGCUGAAGAAGACCAGGGAGGAACUGCCGCCGGAAACCGUGAAGCAGGACCAGAUGAACGUUGGCGGUGUCAUGGUUUCGGCUCAGUCUCAGUACGCUCUGGAGGAGGAGCGAAUCUUUGAGCAGCGAGAAAUGUACAACUCCCGGGCGGAGUUUCUACGGCGCGAAGAGGCCGAACUGGUGCAACGGGAGGAGCGAUUCAUGGCCGAGAGGUAUAGAUACAUAGGUAGCGUUACGAUAACCAACCGGCGAUACUGCAUGUCAAUGUAUAUAUAAUACGUGAAUUAACCAACCUCGUCAAAGUGUUUCAGUUUCUGUGCGAUGCGAUUAAUUAUAAACGUAUAGAUCACUCGCCAGCUUAAUUUAUUGCAAUUGCAGGACGAUGCACGAGAAACGAUUGAAGAUCUUGAACGCCGAGCGAAACUCGAAGUACAACAAUUACCCGUGCUUCCGAAAUCGGUACCAGUUAGGGAAUUUGAUCGGGAAGGGAGGUUUCUCCGAGGUUUACAAGGCAAUCGACUUAGAGCGCCUGCGGGAGGUUGCGUUUAAGAUCCACGAGGUGAACCGUGACAUGCUAUCCUGCGUGAAAACAUCAGCACGACCCCAUAGUCUUUACUUAAGAUCGGGACUUGUUGUGCGCAUGACACAGCGUAGGGGUUCCGGAGGGUGUCCCUUGCGGUGUGGCGCGUCGCUCGGGAAAAUCAUCCAGGCGAUUAGCCCGCAGCGCCAUCUCCUUGCCGCCCUCAUGGGGGUGAGUGUGCGUCGUGCCCCGUGCCGUGCAGCUGACAGCCAUAAAGGAGAGGCCAUGCGCAGGAGGCCCCAUAUCAACUCACGAUUGGCCGCCACUUGGCAAAAAUAAAUUUUGCAUCCGAAAAAUGUCGGAAAUGUCGCCUGCAAUACCCAUCGGGCGAUUCCUCUCCAAGAGUUUGCAUGACAAAGAAAGUUGGGGUGGGCACGUUUUUAUUACUCGGGAUACAUGCGGGAGGAGGAGUAUGGAAGCGUCAGGUUUGAAAUCGUCAAAGUUGAAAUAAUUUGCAAUGCAUAAAAUGCAUGACCUGAGGCACGUGUGUUGCAGAGCAGGCAAGUGAGGCCGAUUGUAAGCCUGUUUGGGGUUACAGCUCAAGCUGCUAAAGUAGCAUAAGAAAAUCGCUCUUCUUUGCCUAAACAGCAUGACAAAGUGGAUUUAGCGACCACCGAAAUUUGUCUUGCGCCGCUUACAAACUGGGUCACAACUUUCAUCCAUUUUAUGCAUGACAAAUUAUUUCAACUUUGACGAUUUCAAACCUGACGCUUCCAUAAGGAGGCGGCGUUUUACGUGCGGCACGCGAUGCGGGAGGCGGACAUCCAAAAAGCACUGAACAACUCCACCAGUAUUGUACAACUGUACGACGUCAUAUGAGAGCGCACAACUCUAACUCUCCCUCCCCCUCAUUUGUCAUGCGAAGCGUCGAAUCCAGUUUGUUGGUCCUGGUCGUGCUGCCUUGCGGCUCCUGGUCGUGCUUUUUGACAAAUUUCGCAGGGCGGCUCCUGGUCGUGCUUGUUUCGACCACCACAGUCCGCACAGAAACUUGUCAUGCAUAGGCUGCAUAAUAUUGAUAAUAAUAUUUGCUGGCGUUUAUUGCAUUUCUAACUAUUGCUAUUGAUGCCCUAGUUCAUCUUGAUCAAAUGAGGGGGAGAGACGGGACGAUCGAGCUCUUUGCUCGCUCAUACGUUAUCUCGAUUUCGAAGGACGCCUUUGCCACCGUGAUGGAGUACUGCGGGACGGGCGAAACCUUGGACGACUGCCUGAAGGCCCGCCCCUCGCGCACCUUCAGCGAGAAGGAGGCCCGGCACGUGCUGAUCCAGCUGAUGACGGGGCUGAAGGCCAUGAACCGGAGGGAGGAGCCCAUCAUUCACUACGACCUGAAGCCGUCCAACUUGAUGUACGACCGGGGAGCCAUCAAGAUCACCGACUUCGGGCUGUCGAAAAUUGUCCGCAAGGGCACGGACUCGUCCAAAGCGAGCAGUCCGAACGCGAGUGGCAACGAGGAGUCCCAUAUCACGCAGAACGAGGGAGAAGCUGGCAGAUUGCAAUGCAAAUAAAUAGUGUAUGACUAGUAUGACAAAUACAACACAGAAAAACAAAAAUCGGGCAUGGGCGAGCCUGUACGUACAUGCUUUCGUGGGCCAUGCAAGAGGACAGAUUUUGUAUACUUUAUUUUUGCACAUGCACCAUUAUCUUAUGACCUGCCAGGUUAAGAUUUUUCCUGAGGGAUAUCCAUGGAGGUGGAACAACAGAACAAUCAGAAGCUCGUGGCGGGGACGGGAGCGGGUGCUGCGCCAUCAACCACCACUGGCGGAGCAGCAGCUGGAGUCAAAGAACAAAAGCAGACGGGGACGGCGGGGCAGCCGACCAAGGGGGGGAACAAUAACAAAACGGUGACGCCGGGCGCGGCUCAGGCCAACAACCACCAGGUCGGGAGUGGAACGACCGGGGCGAACGCUGCGGCGGCCUCGUCGUCGUCCGCAAACACCGCCUCUGUUCGGAAGCAGGAUAAGAAAUUAGACAAGGAGCAGGCGCUCCUCAUCGACGACACGAAACUGACUAUCAACCCAAAAAUUCGAGAGAUCAAGGACGCAGAUGGGGAACGGUAGCAGAGCCUGAACUUUUUUGCUUUGAUAGGUGUCGUUGUUGUAAAUACGCUAACCAGGAAACGACGUAGGAGAAAGCGCUAUUUGGCGUGUACGGUCGUCUCAAUUUAUUUCACUUUGCAUGCUAAGAGAGAUGGAACUACGGAAGUGAGCUGGUGUCUGAUUUUUAUAUAGCUGGGAUGAUUAAUGCGGUAAUGGAAUGAUACAACAUUGGCUUCGUGUUCGUCAUGACGGCCCCCCGGUGCAGUAGGUACUACCACUAGCAUCGACAUCGGUACAACCCAUAGAAUUGAGGAUCCACCUCAUCAUGUCUUUUCUUGUCCGUGAGCAUUUAUCGGCCUUGAAAUGCGAACCUAAUCCGUCGCGUAAAGUAGUUCCGAGCUCUAAAACUACUUUGAAGAAAAUCUCCGCGUUCAUGGUUCAUCUACAGGUUGAAAAAGCUGCGAGACGAGAAGGAACACAAGAAGCAGCAGCAGCAACAGGGACAGAACCACGUUCCUGCGUUGGAGCAGAUCAACAGCGAAUUCGCCGAGCGGGCUUGUGAGUUGACGAGCAUCGGCUCGGGCACCUACUGGUACCUGCCCAUCGAGUGCUUUCCGCGGCCUCAGAACAAGCACCAGAAAUCGGAGCCACAGGCGCCGCAGGAAGUUUCCAACAAGGUGGAUGUUUGGUCCGUGGGAGUGAUCUUUUACGAGAUGCUGUACGGACGGAAACCCUUCGGCCACGACCAGACCCAGGACAAGUUCUACCAUUCUGCCCUCCGGGGCGACACCAAACUCGAGGUGGAGUUUCCCGACCAGCCCAAAGUGUCCAAGGAAGCGCAGGACUAUACCGUAAAGGAAAAUUAUCCCCCCUCGCUCCCCAUAUCGAAUUGGCACGCCUCAGAAAAUUUGCAAUGCUGAUAAUGUGGAACCGCAAAAUAGUUAAUCGCCUCUGUCUUGUUGCGAGAGGGCCAUCUUCACCAGCGACUUUUCGUUUUGAUGUGGGGAGCAGGGGGGAUCUUUCCUUUUGAUAGACUACAUCCGCCGAUUGCUGCAGCGGGACCAGGACGCUCGACCCAGCGUUUUUGAGGCUUGUAAUGACAACUAUUUGACCAAGGGUAAAAUCUGAAGGUAGUAUAGUGGAUUGACAGGUCAACACUAGUACAUCAAAGAUUGAUUGAUAAAAUGAAACUCGGUAGAUCACACGUUUUGAAGUUUUUUUUGCUCACCGGCAUACUCAUUGGUGCGCACUUAUUGUUUUUUUUCGAGUAUUUUUUUUUAUCGAUUUUUUUUUGAAAAAGGGAAACGAAAAAGUUUCCGAAGUCAAAUCUCCUCUUUGUGCUGUGCUCAGGAGGUAGUGGACGUUAUCAUCAAAAGAAGCGAAUGGUCAUAGCCGAUGGAAAAAAUUGCAACUCAAGACGGAAAAAGCGGAGGCAACAUCAUGCUACUCCUGCAACUUUUUUUGGUGAUGGCUAUAUAAUUUUUUGAAUAGUGUUUACCCAACGCUGCAGUGACUUCUGGGUUCGUGACGAUUACUUGCAGCCUGUAUCUAUCAAUGUCAUCCGCCGAAAAACGAGAGGCAGGAUAGCACUGAGCAUUUCUGCUACCAGCUCAAAGCAAGGGAGCACCACAAGAUUACCCGCAAACUUGCGGAAGUCGAACAUUUUUCUUUCCUUCUGUAAAAAAGACUGAUAGUUGUAUUUUUUGGGCGAUCUAACUCAUAUAUAAAGCUUCG